GUAUUGUAAGUUAAGCAUAUUGCAGCAGGUGUAGCAACUUUUGCCUUGGUGUUUUUUAACUACACAAGAUCCAUUGCAAAAGCAGCUUCCUAAGCCCUAGCCGGCUGCAAUAGCAUCAUCAACAACAACGAAAAUAAAACGUGUUAUGCUGAUGCAUGCUCCAAUUAAUUUUGUGAAGUGCAUACAAUUUGCCAAAGAGUUUAGCGCUAGCUCUUUCAUAUAAAAAGGGAAUUCUAGCUUAACCAAUGUGGCAUCUCCAAUGAAAAAUCAAUUUGCAAUCGUUGGAUAUUCUCAAUAUUGGUUAUUGGCAAGAAGAACCCAGAGCCAGCUAUAAAAAACCAAACAAACAAAAUAAAAAACAUCUAACAUAGGCUUAAGUACACAUAUACAUACUACAAUAAACUCGAAGCAUGGCCGAGGCACGCAGCGUUACUGCAUUGCCUUCUACGAAUGCAACUGCAACACCCAACAGUCGCAAGCGUCUGCGCAAUGACGAAGCCGAGGAACAAGAGUUGCGGGGUGCAGGGUUUUCCUUGAGCGCCAUUGAAGAAAUGCGUCACACACGCGAUGCAGAGCUACUGUCUGAGCCCAGGAAUCAACAGCUGCGCCAAUUCCAGGUGCUUGACGAAGUGGGCACUGCUAGUGAAGAAGAUGAAUCAGAUGCAAAUGGUGAGAAUUCUGCUGACGAUGAUGAAGAUGGUGAUGGCGAGGGCGGUGACUCUGAUUCAUCUGACUUUGAUGAUGAGGAAAUUGAGAAUCUUUUGGAUGAAGGGCUGCCCGAGAAUCUACGCGAAUCCAAGCGUCCCAAAUAUGAGCAACGCUUUAAGACUGUGCUCGAAGAAAAGCGUCACAAUCACUUCGAAGUGCUGCCUGAGGGCUGGGUACAGGUAACCCACAAUAGUGGCAUGCCGCUGUUUCUCCAUCGCAAGACUCGUGUUUGCUGCGCAUCUCGUCCGUAUUUCUUGGGCACAGGCAGUGCGCGCAAGCAUGCGGUGCCGAUGAGUGGCAUACCCUGCUUAAAUUAUCGUCGUGCGCUCGAAGAAGAGUCUGAGUUAGGACAGGCAAACCAAGCAGCAACAGAUCAGGAGCAGGAGAAAACAGUUUCUGCGCCCGCAGGCGUUUGCCCUAUUGUGCAUAACGCUUCUAAUAACCUGGAUGUGACUGGCGGCGAGGCAGCCACACCAACUGAACCAAAGCCAGAAGUUUCGAAGACAGUCAUACCCGCAGCUAAAAUUGUAACUGUCAAGGAGAACACCCAGUUGGAAUCGCUAACACCCGAUCAAUUAAAUUCUUACUGCCGCAAGCUCUUCAAAUUCAAAACGAUUCGCGUGCUGCGUUUUCGCAGCUGGAACGCACGUCGCAAGUUCACCAAGAACCGCAAGCACAUCAAGAAUAUUCAACGUCCGACUUUACCAGAUGGCACCAAAUUAAUUAAGUUUCCUAUACUGGCACCUCCCGGUCCAGAUGGUUCAUCAAAUCCUCGUGGUCGCAAAGAAUGGAUUAUGAAUCCCAAUGGCAAAAGCUUUGUUUGCAUAUUGCAUGAGUACGUGCAGCAUGCGCUAAAGACACAACCCACCUAUGAGUUUAAGGAGCUGCAAAAUGCAGCCACACCCUACUCAGCAACAGUCUCAGUGAACAAUUUGAAAUAUGGCACGGGCUAUGGCACCAGCAAAAAACAGGCCAAGUCGGAGGCGGCUCGCGAAACAUUGGAGAUACUCAUACCCGAUGUGAAGGACAAAAUAACUGGCAACAAUAAAGACCAAAAAAGCGGCAUUGCCAAAAAGUCGCAAAAUGAUUUAUCUGUGUUUGACGACAUACGUAUUGAGGAUCCACGUGUUACAGAGUUCUGCAACAAGACAACGGAGCCCUCGCCCAAUGCCAUAUUGCUGACUUGCUUGCAGCGCAAUUAUGGCGCCGAUGUGCAGAUAACCCAAGAGAUCAAUCGCACGUCUAACAACAAAAAUGAGUUUACUAUGACAGUGGGCAAGCAUACAGCCAAGGUGAUAUGCAAGAACAAGCGCGAAGGCAAGCAGCUAGCAUCGCAAGCUAUACUACAGAUUUUACAUCCGCAUAUACAAACUUGGGGCUCGCUGUUGCGUCUGUAUGGCAACAAUUCGAUUAAAACCUUUAAGGAGAAGAAACUCGAGGAGCAAGAGAUUACAGUGCUGCAGAGCAAAGCCGCUGUUAAUCAGCCCAAUUAUGCCAUACUGGAAAAGUUGAAGAUGGAGAUGCUUAAGCUCAGCGCUAAGCAUGAGAGUGUACAAACCAAAGGAACUUUUGUACCACCAAGCGAUGUUGACUUGCCCACUUCGUCCGGCUCCAAUUUAAACAAUGUAGAAUUAUAGCAGUCGUAUUGUCGUGAACAUCGAGUCGUCCAAUGGCCUGAUAACAUGAACUAUUUUACCGCAUGUGAUUUUUCAUAAUAUGACAAAAAACGCGGCUCUCUCUCAGCCUUACUUAAUUAUGCAAACUGUGUGAUUACUAUCAAUAUUGUUAUUGG